GUAGACAGGCAUUCAGACAGAGAGGAGAUGGAAGAGUUUAGCAGCAGGUUGUACUCAGGACCUCUGUCUCAGGCGGCACAGAAGAUCCUGGCUGUUCUGCGGACCCAGAGUCUACAUGAGGCCAGACCCUUCCACAGCGUCUCCUCAAAUCACAGACAAAGGCAGUCAGGGCGUAAGCCAUGGCCCCAGCCCCAGACUUCAUACCAUAACUCCUCCAACCAGUGGCAGAGCUCUCAGACCUCGGCUUACUAUCAGCCGCCCCAGGCCUCCUCCUGUUCCUCCUCCUGCUGGGAUUCAAAUCUCCAAAGAGAGGCUGAAGCCAUUCAUCAGGGCUCGCCGAUUUAUUCCCCGAGAAACUCCAUUGAAGAAUUCAGGCCGUCUUUCACCCUCAGUCUCUCUCCAGAUGUCGACGGUACAGAUGAGAACCAAUCCAAAGCUGGCUGUUUGACAACUUCCCUGACAUCUGACCCCAGAGUGAAGGAUUCUGGGAGGAUGAACUCGGAGGAGAAGAGGCAGAUGCUUGAGGAGGCUGGGAAGGCCAAAGCACUAGUACUUACCUUGGUGUACAGAGAUGGGACAACUCAGUUAGACCCAGAACAGAAAACGACUCCUCCAGUGUGUGGCCUCCUCUUACUGAUGAUGAACAAUCUGAGCUGCAGCUCACCAGAGAACUCGUUUGCACCAAACGACAGUCUGGUUUACCUAAAAUUAGAGCACACACCUGCAUGGGCCCAGCAACACACACACCAGAGCCAGGCGCUCUUUGCGAGAGAUAUGCUGCUACAGGUGCUAUCAAGAUCUCAACUAGUGGUGUGCUAUAAAGCCAAGGAUCUGCUGCGAACAGCUCUGCAGGUUUACAGAGGAGACCUCAGCUGGAAACAAGUGGCAGGCUGUCGUAUCCAGGACCCACAGGUGUCAGGCUGGCUCCUGGAUCCUGCAAAUCCCUCCUCUUGCUACAAUGACCUUCUCAAUAAACACUAUGGUCACAGCUUCUCUUCACCUACUCUACUCGAUGUCUCUCUAUCGGUCUGUCUAUCUCACUCUCAGGUUUCUCAGGUCAUCUCACGUCUCUGUUUGCUUCACUGGCUUAACAUGGAGCUUUGCUCUAAACUGCAGAGCCGGGGGCUGUGGCAGCUGUACUCAGACAUGGAGCUGAAAAUGAUCUCUGUUCUGGCAGCCAUGGAGAGCCAUCGCAUCCAUGUGGACGAAGAAGCUCUCAGGAGGACUUCAGACCUGCUGGGGACUAAGAUGAAGCAGUUGGAGCAGGAUGCCCACCGUGCUGCUGGAGAAAUAUUCUUGGUCACCAGCAGUGCUCAGCUUCGGACAGUCCUGUUUGAGAAGCUGUGCCUCCACGAGCGCUGCGAGAACAAGAAACUUCCCAAGACCGUCAACAAACAGCAGCAGUCAACAUCAGAAGCUGCAUUGCUGCAGCUUCAGGACCUGCACCCUCUGCCAAAGAUUAUUCUAGAGUACAGACAGGUUCACAAAAUCAAGUCCACUUUUGUUGAUGGGAUUCUCUCAUGCAUGAUGAGCAAGAACUACAUUUCCUCUACAUGGCACCAGACCAGUGUGGUGACAGGGAGAAUCUCAGCGAAGCACCCAAACUUCCAGGCCCUGCCGAGACAGCCGCUUCAGAUCAUCAAGAAGCAGCACAUCCAAGGAAAGGAGGAGGAGGUGGUGACUGUUCAUCCUCGGGCAAUGUUCAUUCCUCAGGACGGGUGGACUUUUCUCUCUGCAGAUUUCUGCCAGGUGGAGCUGCGUCUGCUGGCUCACCUCUCCUGUGACCCUGAGCUCCUCCGCGUUUUCACCAACCCCCGGGCUGACGUCUUCGCCAUGCUGGCCUCUCAGUGGAAGGGGGUGAGUGAGGGUGAGGUGACUUCUGAGGACCGGGAACAUGCCAAACGUAUCGUCUACUCUGUCGUGUACGGGGCAGGUCGUGAGCGUCUAUCAGGGAUCCUCGGGGUGAGUGCUGAGCAGGCCACCAGAUUCCAGGACAGCUUCCUCCAGACCUACAGAGAGGUCCAGACCUUCAUCCAGAAGACCAUCCAGCAGUGCCACAAACAAGGUUAUGUGCUUUCCAUCAUGGGUCGGCGACGCACCCUCCCGAACAUUAAUUCUCCAGACUGGGGCAUCCGCAUGCAGGCUGAGAGGCAGGCCGUCAACUUUGUGGUCCAAGGUUCAGCUGCUGAUCUCUGUAAGAUGGCCAUGAUCCGGAUCUUCAACCUGGUCUCCUCCUCCAGCUCGCUCUCUGCCAGGCUGCUAGCCCAGCUGCACGAUGAGCUUCUGUUUGAAGUGGAGGACUCCCAGGUGGAACAGUUUGCAGCUCUGGUGAAGAGCGUCAUGGAGUCCCUGCAGCACAUAGACCAACAUGGAGUACGUCUCAAGGUCCCCCUGAAGGUGGCGGUCUCCAGUGGCAAGUCUUGGGGAUCCAUGUCUGAGCUUAACAUCCCUCCAACAUCUCCCUCUCAGGCUUCCUGACUCAUUCCCUCUUCCCUCGCUUCCUCUUUCCUCCAUCUUUAUCGAACACAAUCUCCCUUUUCUGCUCCUAGCGUUCUCCCUCUGCUCUGUCAGUGUGCUCUCGUCUCUUUCCGUUCCAUUUCUCUCGUCGCACAGUCUCUCUCGGUCUUGCUCUCCCUCAUUCUUCACUCGUCCUGCAUCCACAUUGCUAUGGAAACCAGGCAGUAUCUGGGGGCAACGGCAGGAGCCACAGACUGGAUCGCACCAGUUCUUUUUUUCUCUCUCUCUCUCUCUCUCUCCAUCCCAGAAAAAAGACUCCCUUUCCUGCUCCUCUGCUUAGUUUUCACACUCUCCUGUUAAGACUGUCCUCUCUGCUUUAUUGCCAAGGUGGAGCUUCAUAUUUCUCUGGUUGUUCAUGUGUUUUUUAAAA